CUUCGCCUCCAGUUCUACGCCAGCCAUCCUUGGAUCUUCCACUUCCACAUCAAUCACGGCGCCUCCUCCCAUCCCGCCUUCCCACCCUGCAAGCGACUACUGCCAUCUUCCUUCAAUCCCCGCCUGUCGUGUACUUUUUGAACACGACUUCGCUUUUUUCCCUCCACGAUUGAAUUGUUGUUCUUCGACUUUUCUUCAAUACGCGGCCAGCUUACUCGCUGAUCGUCGACGUAUCCUGAUCGCUCAAGCUUCGCAUCGACAGUCUUGGGAUCUAUUCUUUGUUGCGCAUUAGCCUUGCGGCCGGUUUCUCUUCGACACUUUAGAAACGACACCCCCAACCAUCGACAACAUGUCUGCUGAGGAGGAUCUCAUCGACUACUCCGACGAGGAGCUCCAGACCAACGAGACGGCCGCCGCCUCCAACGGAAAGAAGGCUGACGCCGCCGCCGCUGGCAACAACGUCGACAAGAAGGGCAGCUAUGUCGGCAUCCACUCGACCGGUUUCCGCGACUUUCUCUUGAAGCCCGAGCUUCUCCGCGCUAUUGGCGAUUGCGGUUUCGAGCAUCCUUCGGAGGUCCAACAAACCUGCAUUCCCCAGGCUCUCCUCGGUGGAGACAUCAUCUGCCAGGCCAAGUCCGGUCUCGGAAAGACGGCUGUCUUCGUCCUGACCACCCUUCAACAAGUCGAGCCUGUCCAAGGCGAGGUUUCCGUGUUGGUUAUGUGCCACACUCGUGAGCUCGCCUUCCAGAUUCGUAACGAGUACAACCGCUUCAGCAAGUACAUGCCCGACAUCAAGACUGGCGUCUUCUACGGCGGCACACCCAUCCAGAAGGAUGUCGAGACCAUCAAGAACAAGGAGACCUGCCCUCACAUCAUCGUGGGCACCCCCGGCCGACUUAACGCCUUGGUUCGCGAUAAGGUCCUUCGCCUUGGCAGCGUCCGCAUCUUCGUCCUCGACGAGUGUGACAAGAUGCUCGAUCAGAUUGACAUGCGCCGCGACGUACAGGAGAUUUUCCGCGCCACUCCCACCCAGAAGCAGGUCAUGAUGUUCUCGGCCACCUUGUCCGACGAGAUCAAGCCCAUUUGCCGAAAGUUUAUGCAGAACCCUACCGAGCACUACGUCGACGAGGACACCAAGCUCACCCUGCACGGUCUUCAGCAGUAUUACAUCAAGCUCGAGGAGCGCGAGAAGAACCGCAAGCUCAACGAGCUCCUGGAUGACCUUCAGUUCAACCAGGUCAUCAUUUUCGUCAAGAGCACUCUGCGUGCGACCGAGCUGGAUAAGUUGCUGAGAGAGUGCAACUUCCCCUCCAUCGCCGUCCACUCCGGCGUUAGCCAGGAGGAGCGUAUCCGCCGUUACAAGGAGUUCAAGGAGUUCAACAAGCGCAUCUGCGUUGCCACCGAUGUCUUCGGUAGAGGUAUCGAUAUUGAGCGCAUCAACCUGGCCAUCAACUACGACCUGCCCGCCGACGCCGACUCCUACCUGCACAGAGUCGGUCGUGCCGGUCGUUUCGGUACCAAGGGUCUUGCCAUCUCCUUUGUGAGCACUGACCAGGACCAGGAGGUUCUUAAGUCCAUUGAGAAGCGCUUUGAGGUCGCUCUUCCUGAGUUCCCCAAGGAGGGUAUCGACGCCAGCACCUACAUGGCCUCUUAAGCGGGUUAUGCCGCGGUUCGGCAGAACGUCCGCUACCGGUGUCCUUCCACUGAUUUGGGUUCUCGGAAUUGCAAAAUUUUGGACGUGUGAUGUGCAAGGAAAGCAUGUGCACAGAAAAGCGAAAUAAGAGCUGCUCCAAGCAAAAGAGGAAAAGUUUGACAGCCUCGAAUGAGGCCUUCUGCUAUCUGUACAGAGUAGUUAUACAGGGAAAUCAAGACUGAAUCACCACG